AGUGUUCUGCAAACAAACCAACAAAAAAAAACGGAAUCAAAAGUGAAAAACAUGGCGUCGACCACUUUGUUCCGAAUCCUGCCAGUGGAUGCAGAAGGAAAUGUGCCCCUAUGCAAGCAUCUGGUUGCAAAUUGGUAACUUUUGCGAGGGUGUGCGUGUGUGUGAGAAAGGGAGACAGCUCAAGCUAAUAGUACGUAGAAAUAAAGAAAAAAAAGAAGUGGUUAUUGCAUAUCAAAGAAAAGCAAGGAAAGCGGCUGCUUCCUUCUUUGCGCUCGUCUUCAAGUGUGAUGCUAAUGUUUCCUUAAUGCGUCUUCUUCACCUACCACAUCCGCGUGUAAAGUGAAACCCCAAAUCCCAUUGUUCUGUGUUGCUGUUGCUGUUGUGAAACGCAGCAUGUCCUUCACCGCGCACACGUCGACGCUUGCUAAUCCAGGACAUGUGUGCUAGCCCACACACUCCACUGCUCACCUGUAUCACCUGUGCCAGCGCCGUUUCCAAGCAGGUCCAAGCAGGUGGCGCGUGCUUCGGCUGGGAUAAAGGGCAAAAAUCGAUCGGCAGCCAACUGUCCGGAGCAAGUUUAAAUUACGCAAAAAAGGGGGCAAAAAUCGAUUCUUCCCCAUCCCCGUCCCCGGUCGUGUAGAGAGAGUAGUCCCCCGGCAGGAACAUAGUUUUGCGGGAGGGAGCGAAUGCAAUAGCAGGAAGAAAGCAACAACAACAAAAAAGGCAAUACAUCAAAGCACACAUCCUGUUCGAGUUUUGUAGGUGCGACUGGGAAAGUGUAUGUGUGCGUGCGUGCGUGUGUGUGUGUACUCUUCGAUGGAACAACGGAGACAGCUUCCAGGUGGAACUACCAAAAAAGACCUCAUAAAAAACCCCCAGAAAACCAAGUGCCAAACUGCUUCCAAAUGUAAUCAGCGGAACAACAGCACACUUCAACUCACGCCCGCCCCCUCACCCGGGCGCUGCCAUUAGAAAGUGAUGCUAAUGAUUUAAAGAUUAGUUGCAAUCGAUUUUCGAUUUCGAGAACCCCUCUGCAAAAGGGGAACGAGGAGAUUCAGAGGAGAUUGCAGCCGAACCGAGCGAGCGCAAGAUGAACCCCGACCGGAACAGCCGGAAGUAUCGCUCCGGAAACAAUCUGUACAGCGACGAUGAGCUGGAAUUGUCGUCGUACACUUCAUCCCGGAUUGUACUCGAAAAUGCUCUUAAGAUCUCCAAUCCAAUUCUAUCAAAAUUUGAUCCAGUCUGCAUCCAAACUUCUGGCUCCCAGGUCCUGGAGAAGGUAAAACCGGACCGGGUAACUUCCACCAAGCCGGACGAGGACCGACGCCGGCGUACGAUCAUCGUGGAGAAGAAGAACGGCUCGUACGGCUUCACGCUGCAGAGCUACGGCAUACACUACAAGAAGGAGCAGGAGGUCGAGGUAAUCACGUACGUGGACUACGUCGAGUACGAUGGCCCUGCGUACCGGGCCGGUAUGCGCGAGGGGGACGUCAUCCUGUCGAUCAACGGUUACGACAUGGAGAAAGCCGAACACAAGGAUCUGGUCAACUUUAUCAAAAACUGUGAUAAUCGAAUGCGCAUGGUGGUACUGUUCGAAGACUGCUGUCGGAAGGUGGAACUACACCUGAAGUACAUCCAGCUGCAGGAUCUGCUCAAAAGCAAGAUGGCCGACCUGGAGCGGAUCUGUUUGCGCGAGCGCGAACUGCUGGAAGGCAAGUGGAAAACGCACAGCCUGCCGGCCCGCAAGAAGGCGACGGCCACUUCCACCACCGACGAUGCCGAUCCCGGCUCAACCACGGACGUCGAGUCUGGCGGCUCCGGGCCCUCGUUUUGCCGGCCGGCCGCCUCCACCGAGGACGUGAAGAAGCUACUCCGGCAGAAAACGUACAUCGUACCGCCACCGGCACAAUUUAUGCUGGCCUAUCAUUGCCUGGACAGUAACUACCGUUACGUGAUCCAUCCCUCGCAAGCGGGCACGUGUGACGCAGCCAGCGGCACCGAGUACUCCACCUGUGCGCAGCAACCCCAGGGCAACCCAAAAGCGGCCAAACUUUGCAAGGACCAUCAGCAUAUGAUGCGUGGCUCCUCCCUAGACAGUAGCUCCCUGGGCGGUGGCUGCAAACAGCAGCAGCAGCAGCAGCAGCAGCAACAGUCCUCGCCAACGAAAAGUCUUCACAAUUACGACACCAAAGCGGCAUCGGGCAAAUCGGGGUCCGGGUCGCGUCGCAGCGGCCAUCUGCACGGCCACUCGUGCAACCCGUGCAUGGGCCACUUUUUGCGCAGCAGCAGCAGUGAUAAGGGGCGCGGCGGUGGCGCCGACAAGGAUAACACCAGCCUGGAUGCGUACGAUCUGGCCAGCCCGUGCUGCGAUCCACAGUGUGUUCCGUCGCGGCGCAAGUCGAAGCACCACAAGGACCACCACCACAAGCACAAACACCGCGACCGGGAGGGCAAGGAGUCGGGCGGGAAGGAUCGUAUACCGCGGCCAAAGUCACAGCCACACAUUUCACCGCAGCAGCAGCAGCCGCAGCAGCAACAACAUCAGUCCCACACACAGUCGAACUAUCUGUAUCGACAUAAAGAUAAGCACGAUCAUCACCAUACGAAAGUGUACGAUCUAAACGCUAGUCUCGCCAGCCACUGUAGUCUGCACUCCUGCACGUCGAGCGAGUUCAACCCGGCGGCCGAAAACUCGCCCGCCUCCUACAGCACCUCCAUCAGCACCGACACGCUCUACUGGGAGCCGCACAGCGAGUCGACCACCGUGUCCGCGUCCGGUUCGCUCCACAAGAAACCGCCGGCCGGGAGCGGCUCCACCACCAGCGGUGCACUCGUCCCGCUCAGUAGCGGUGGCGGGCGGCCACCGCACACCCACCAGCACCACUACUACAUCCAGAAGUACGUCCAUCCGCAACACCACGCCGGGUUGGCGGGCCAACAGGGGGCGCAACAGCAACUUGCCAUCUAUCCACCGCCACCGCCACUGCCCGCCACCGUACACAAGCCCAAAUCGUGGGACAAUCUGGCGAUGAAGGGUUACGGUGGGUACGGCUACGGGUACGGCUAUCUCGAGGUUGGCGCUAAAGCAGCUGCUGCGGCAGCGGCGGCCGCCGCCGCCACCACCAACCUACCGACGGCAACGCGCACCCAGACCACCAUCACCAUCCAGCACCGGAACUCGAUCCCGAAGCGGAACGGCUACGAGCGGUACUCGGCGUUUGUCGACGUGGAAAACUAUGCGCCCCCGCCGACCCAGUUCCUGCAGGAAACGACCACCACGACCACCACGAUCACUACGAAAUCGACGGAGAAUCUGCUCGGCGGACCGUACAACCGGUCCGACUCCAGUCUGUCCUGCGAGUGUCUCGAGACGGCCCCACUGACCGGUGGGGCAGGAACGUCCGGCGCCGGGCUGGUGGAACACGUGCACGACAAAGCGGGCUACUAUUCGACUCUGGCUGGUGGUGGUGGUGGUGGUGGUGCGUCCGGCUCGGGCAAAAAAUCCAAUCCCAACCUCACCGAGAUUGCCCGUCUUUAAGCAGUGACCGGCACUUAGGGGGCGUCCAUUUUGGAGGCGUGUGGAAGGAUGUUUUUGAAACAUUAGUCACACAUGCAGCAUUUUAAAUUGCAAUCGGUCUGGUACUGGGGGAAGGAGAGAUAGUAGCGGCUCAAGCUUACCGGCAAUCUCAGGCAUAACCCGCGUAGUGUGUGGCGGUUUUAAUUAGAUGUUGAACAUUUUGUAACAUUUAAUUAGCAAAGCACACUGAACGACACGACAGACACGCGUGUAUGGGGGACACUGUGUAACAGCAGCAGCAGCUUUUGCAAUGCCAAUAUUAUCCUUAAUUCACCGUUGUUUCCACUUUACUAUAGGUUAUAGAAGCGCUGCGCGUAUGGCGCUUCCAUAAAUUACGUAGAAAAAAAAACAAACACACACACACACACAGAUAGAGAGCGGCUUGGUACAAUCGUUUUCUUCCAGACAGUUCAGAAAGUUCCAAAAGGUAGUGUGCUAAUAUAGCAUCAGAAGCAGCAGCAGCGCAUAGCAGCAAGAGGAAAGAGUUCCUCCUCUUUAGGGGAGUUUUUUAUGAUUUUGCAAAAGAAGCAAAAAAAAAAGGAUUAAGCAAAGAUACUCGCUAAGGGCAUAUUUUUUGUGCUAUUCGGGGGAAAGGUUUGAUCCAACUCCACUAGAUCCAAACAUUAGCGAGAGCGGGUGGCCAUUCGAAAAGGUAGUUGAAUAUGCUUUUGAGGGUUUAGAAGGUGGCCUCAUGUCGCGUGUUUUGCUCACUUACUCUUACUCCGGAAAGGACGGCUCUAUAUGGGGCAGGUUGUAAGGGGAUGUAAUAUCGUGUGUAGUUGACGCUGGGAGUGGACGCCGCUCAAGAGGAGGCUAUUUGUGGACUGGUAAAAGUGUGUCUUUCUUCUAAAGCACACAGGUGUGGGUCGCAUAAAGGGAACAGUAUAGAGGAUUGAAGGAAAGAGUGAGCGGAGUGAGUUGUAAUGCUCACCGGGACUGGGAAGGGAACGUAGGAUUAUAAUAGAUUAAUACAUAAAGAAGAGAAAAAAAAACAUUCGCAAAAGCUAAUGAUUUCAUCGUCAGCAACGGAAACAGAAUGUGACCAGAAGUU